ACAAAGGUAGUCUUUCUCUGUUCAUUUUGCAGCUCUAUUCUGAUAUAUGCCCCAAGACAUGCAAGAACUUCCAAUGUUUGUGCACAGGGGAAAAAGGGCUGUCUAAAUCUGGGCUGGCACUCACUUACAAUGGUUCUAUCUUUCAUCGACUUGUCAAAAAUGGAUGGAUACAAGGAGGAGACAUAAAGGAAGGGAAAGGGGAUGGCGGUGAGUCUAUUUAUGGACCUGUCUUUGAAGAUGAAAACUUCGCCGUUCCCCAUGACAAAAGAGGGGUUCUUGGAAUGGUCAACAAAGGACGCCACAGCAAUGGAUCCCAGUUCUACAUCACACUACAGCCAGCCCCCUAUUUGAAUGAAAAAUAUGUUGCUUUUGGGCAAUUGAUUGAGGGUUCAGAGGUUCUGAAGAAACUGGAAGCUACAGAAACAUUCAAUGAGAGGCCAGUUGUAGAAUGUAAAAUUAUUGACUGUGAAAUUUUUGAGCCUUGA